AUGUCUAAUGAUAAAACUGAAGAAGUAGACGUUAUGCACGGCCUAAAAACAGUUUUGGCUCAAAUAGAAGCUGCAGUUGCGAGAAGAAAUAAAGAUCUUCCUCAAAUCUCUCCAAGACUAGUCGCAGUAUCAAAGAUCAAACCAGCAUCACUAAUCAUUCAAGCAUAUGAGGCUGGCCAACAUCAUUUUGGUGAAAACUAUGUUAACGAACUUGCAGAUAAAGCAAGCGAUCCGGAUAUACUACAAAAAUGUAAAGACAUACAUUGGCAUUUCAUAGGCCAUUUGCAAACAAACAAAAUCAACAAAUUACUUGGGUCUCCGGGACUGUAUAUGGUGGAAACUGUCCAUUCAGAGAAAUUGGCUGAUAAUUUAAACAAGCAAUGGCCGAAAUAUAUGAAAUCUGAUGAAAAAUUAAAAGUAAUGGUCCAAGUCAACACUAGUGGAGAAGAUGUAAAAAAUGGUGUUGAACCAUCUCAAGCUGUUACUUUAGUGGAGCAUGUGAUCAAAAACUGUGAAAAUCUGGAUUUUAAAGGCUUAAUGACAAUCGGUCAAUAUGAUUAUGAUGUAAGCCAAGGUCCAAACCCAGACUUCCUUACGUUGGCAUCUUGCAGAAAAGAAGUGUGUGAGAAAUUGGGCUUGGAUAUAAAAGAUGUUGAAUUGUCUAUGGGAAUGUCAUCUGACUAUGAACAUGCUAUUGCAUUGGGUGCUACCACUGUGAGAGUGGGCAGCACUAUAUUUGGAGCUCGACCUGUUAAGAAAUAA